CAUUGCACUAAUAUUUUAUACUCCAUAUACGAUUACACAUAAUUCAAAACUCAAAAAGCAAUUGCAUCAUGUUUUCAAGUUUUUCAAAAAAAACAGUUUUUAAUCACCAAAACCAACAUCAUCAUUCCCAUUUCCAUUCAUCCCACUGUCAAAUCCUCAACUUCUUCAAGAAUUGUGAGCUCUUCAUCAUCAUCAUCAUUGUUGUUUCCAUCAUCAAGUUCUCCAACAACAUAGAGAAAAAAAGUGAUGUAAUAUAUAUAUACCAAUACCUAAUUGAUGUAAAGAAUUUAAAUUCAAAUUUGAAAAGAAAGAAAACAAAAAAAUCCUUGGGAGGUAGCAAUAUACCCGUAACUCUUGAAUUUGGUGGCAUAGAAUCCCUAGCUUUAAUGGUGAUUUGAGAAGAGUCACUAGUUCCCGCUUGAAAAUAUUUUUCUAAUUCUGAAUUAGCUUUUCUCUUGACCCCUUGAGAAGAAGUACCCACAUCUCUAACAAGAGAAGGAUUAACAUCACCAUCAAUUGUUUCAAAUAUACCCUUUUUUUCUCGAGCCUUUUGCACAUUCUCGUCUAAUGAUUUUUGGAUAAGAGCCUUAACCGUUCGGAGCAAACGAAGGAUGCGAUGUAGGAUCGUAUCGAGGAGAGGUUUUUCACGACGAUGAACAAGGACGAUUCCUACCGAACCCGGGACCAACUCACUUCCAGAUGGAGCCACAUCAACCGUAAAGUCCGAAAGUUUAUCGAAGUUUACGAGGAAUGCUCCUGGUCCCAGAAAAGCGGGACGAACGACACCGAUGUUCUCCGGCUUGCCACAGCCUGGUAUCAAGACGACGCGCACCAAGGCAAGGUGCCCAUCGAUCUUUGGAGGAUUUUGAGCCGUUCCCCGAAGUGGCAACAACUCAACAAUCUCGACGGCGGAUCGUUCUGGAAAAGAUCCUCCGUCAACGCCGAGGUUGAGGUUGACGAGACUAUCGAUUCGACCGAUCAAAUCCCUCCCUUCAACGUUGUGGAUUCCGAUGACGAGGACCCCAUUCCACGGCUGAUCGAAAGAAAGAAGGAAAAAUCCAUUGCCUCGGGUUCGGGAGGGUCCGGCUUUGUUUCCGUUUCUUCCCGCGACGAAAUCGGCCAGGAAAUGGUUGAACAACUUUGGGCGUUCAAUCUCCGAGAACAAGAGAGGUUGAAGCUAAAGGAGAAGGAGUUGAAUCUAAAGGAGUUGAAGCUAAAGGAGUUGAAAUCGACCUUUCUACGUUGUCGGAGAUUGGACAAAUGCUCUACGAGCAAAGAAUAAAAGAGAUCAAGGAGAAAUAUAAUUUUCCUUAGUUUUAUUAUUAAUGUAUCUUUUUUUAUUAAUGUCGCUUUUUUUAUUUAAUGAAUGUAUUUUUUUAUU